AUGGCAGAAGAAGAACCCAUAAUUGAGGAUAUGCCUCUGCAAAAGAUCUCAGUCUUUACCCCGAUCAUUUAUGUUUCCAUAGUGAUUGGAGCACUGAUUUUGUUCUCCAUAUUUUACAGAAGGAAAAGAAUCGCCAAGCUACAAGUUAUGAAACCUUUCUUUCCUCCAGAUUUACCAAAGGAGAUAUACUUGCAGCUAAAAGACCAAGAUCCUAAGCCAGAUGAAAAGGUGUUGAAAGCUGCGUUGAUAAGAAGAGGAGCUGAAGCAAUUCGCCGAUUGCUUAAGUUACGUGAAAAUAAUCAAUAUAUCACCCUUCUGUACCAAAAAGGAUCCAUUGGUGACGAAUUCUUUGACAGGUUCAAACUGGCUUUGAAGAUCCAGGAGCUAGAGAUCCAGGAGUUAGUUCAAGAGGCCGAGACUUACAAACAAGGCUGGGCACCGACGUUUAUGCCCGUGUGCCAAGAGGUCACUUUGAACGAGGCUUUAAGGAGGAGAGUCAAUGCCAUUGAAGACAGGAAAGAGCAACUCGCUAAGGAAUGGGAGUUGUACCAGGAAAUAGAAGCAAGUAUUACUAAUUAG